AUGAGUGAUGAUGAUAUGUCUGAUUCGGAUGAAUAUCUUACAAAUUCAGAAGGUGAAGAUGGCUUAGAUGAAGGUGAAGAUUGUGUUGAAGAUGUUGUCAUGCAUGAUCUUGAAACUGAUGAAGCAGAUGAUACUGGAGUUGUUGAUGAUAAAGGGAAUCUUACUUAUGGUAGAAGAUUUCAAAAAGAUCGAUGGCAAUUAAAGCAUUUACCUUACUAUGAAGAUAUAAUUGAGGAGGCUGAUGAUCAUUUUUGUAGAAUAAAGGAAGGUUUAGCUAAUUCAAUACUUUUGCGUGAAAUUAAACCAAGUUUUACUGUAUGGUUGAAAGAACUUGAGACAUAUUUUAAUCAGUAUGGAUAUCGGUUUACUAAACAAGAUCAUAUUUAUCUAGUUAAACUUGCUUAUAGUAUACUAGAAUGUGAAAAUUUGGAAUAUAGGUUAAUUAAAAAUGCUGCAAUUAUUUUAGCAGUUCUUGGAAAACGAAGAGAAUUACUAAAUUAUAAAGAUGUAACACUUGACUGGCGUGUAUUAUACAAAGUUUAUGAUACUGUUGUUAAUAAACAUGAAGAAGAUUAUGGAAAAAUAAUAUAUCCAAAAGGUUUAAAACAAUCAUUGGAAUAUUGUGCUCGAUCAAUAAGGCAAUUUUUUCCACCAACUGCCUUAUAUGAAAUAACUGAAGAAUUAAAACAACAUAUGUGUAUUUUUGAGAAUACGGUUACUUUUGCAACAAACACUUUGGUAUAUUUUGCUCCAUUUAAUUUUGAUGCUGAAGAUCAUAAAAUAGCAAGAACAACUGAAUGGUUUGAUGAAAUUUGGAAUUUAGCAAAACAACUUGAAACAAGAAGCGAUUUUCCUAUUAAAUUGCUUCAAUUAUUUGCUCGUCUUACAAGAGAAAGUCCUUUUGUAAUUGAUUGGAGAUCUAAGGAGGAAUAUCUUUUUACAAGAUUAAUGACAGCUUUAUCACUUGGUGUUACAAGUGAAAAUAUUUCUUUGGGAGAUGCAUCAACAUCAAUGAUUGAAGCAAUUGCACAAAUAAUUAUAUUUUCAUUAGAUGGAACAAAUAAAAUUUCAUUACAACAUAUAAUAAAAUUUUUUCGCACAAUUGAGUCAUAUUUUCAUCCCUCAAAUUGUGGUUCCCAUACUGAACAUCUUAUGACCGUUCUUGAGAAAUUUUCAAGUUCAAUGUGUAGUAGAUUAUAUCGUGAAAAAGUUGGAGUUAAAUCUUCUUUUCAACCAUUUCCUGAUGAUAAAAAAAUGACUGAUGAAGUUCUAGAAGGAUUUGUUAAUAUUUUUAUCAAACCAUGUAAAUUUGCUGCAUAUUCUAAAUCAAAAAGUACACUUGUUGUUCCAACGAUUAAGUCAUUGACAUUUAUAUGUCCUGGUAUAAUGAUUCCAACAGUUAUUGACAUGGUUUAUCAGGGAUUAGAAACUAUAACAGAACCACAUAGGUUAACGCAAUCACUUAGUUUACUACAUGCAAUUAUUAUACCACUUGUAAGAGAUACUUAUGAACCAGAUUCAAAAAAAGUAAGACUUAAAAUCACUGCAAUUCCUUAUGAUCAACCUAAAGAAACAUCCUUUAGAUUAUUUGCAAUAGAAUUGAUGAAUGCUUUAAUUAAUGUAAUUGAUAUGAAUGAUAUGCAAAAAACUGCACAUGCUUUUAAUGCAUUAUGUAAUUUUUUUACUUUAAUACCUAUUAUUGAUUGUUCAGAAGCAAUAUAUCAUCAUAAGAAUUUAACAGAAGAUGAAAAAUUGCUUUGUCAGGCAUCAGCUAAUUUUGAAACUAUGAUAUGUAAUCUUUUUGAUAAAUUAACUUCACUUGUUGAAUCAAUGGGUAAUCAAACAUUAACUGGUGAAGGUGGAGGACAAGGUGAAGUAAUGACUCGAAGGGCACAUAAACUUAAUAUUGAAGAACAAUUAACAAGAAAAGGUUUAAGUUGUAUUUUUCAAGCAUUAUUAGGAAAUUGUAGUAAAGAUUUUAAUGAAAUGAUAAUAAGAAAAUUAUUUGAUUUUAUUCAAUCUUGUAUGUUUAAUAACAAAGCUGCAGCAUUAAUUUUGAAAGAUCUUAUUACUGUAUGUGUACGAUAUAAUUGUGAUUUUGCUUUUCCUAUGUUUUUUAAACAUCUUUAUAAAAUGACAACUAUUCAUUUAACAAAAGAAAUUUUAUCAGAAGAUGAACCAGAUGCUACUUUUACUUGGUAUUUUUCACAACUUAUUAGUUGUAUUAAUUCUGCCCAAGGUAAGAUGGUUUUAAAACAUUCAAAAGAAAUUGAAGAAUUAAUUGAAAUAAUUUUACAAUUUAAAAGUCCAUUAAUGCAUCCAAGAAUUGGUGAAUUUAUAACUGGAGUGGUAUCAAGAUUAUGUCUUAUAAAUCUUGAUAAUUCAUCUAUUAGUUAUUUUUCAAGAGAAAAACCUCUUGAUGAAGAAUUACCAAUAAGAAAUUGGGCUAAACCAUUAAAUAAAGAUAAAGUUUCUACUAAAUUUUAUGUUCCAUCAAAUGAAGAAAUUACAUUUGCUGAGCAUUUAUUUAAUCAUUAUUGUGUACCAUUAGUUGAGACAUUAAAAAAUCCUAAAGAAUUGAAAGAUCGUGAAAUGGUAAAAAAUUUAACAUUUAUAUCCGCAUUUUUGGAAGGAACUGCUUUUAGAUUACCAUAUAUUACAGGUAAAAGAAUUACAAUUGAUAAAAGUUAUAUAAAUCCAUCUUUACCUGAUCAUGUUUGUUCUCCAAAAAGUAUGAAAAAUAUUACACUUCCUGAUGGUGGAUCUGUUAGACUUUAUCUUCUUGAUAUUAUUGUUAAUUUAAUUGAUUACAUAUUAGAUCAUCAUGAAGAUAAUACAAGAGCUAUAACAAAAAUAGCAAGUAUACUUAAUUUUAUAAUAUUUUCACGUGGAAUGUUUAAAAAUUUAACUGACAAUUAUGAACAAAGUUAUGAAAUAUCAAGAAAAAUGCUUAAUGAUCCUAUAAGAGGAAGAAAGAUGGAUUUAGAAACAAUUCAUCAUGAUUAUAUGUUUCUUUUACAUUUAAAACGUGUUCAAUUAAGAUCAUGUGAAUCAUUUACUAAACAUCAUUGGAAAGCAAUUCGUGCUGCUUGGAGAAUGACACUUAGUACCUAUACAAAUACAAGAUGUGAAGCACAAACUAUUAUAUCAAAUGCUUUGACAAUUUACAAUGAAUCAGCUAAAUUUUUAAUUGAUGAUGUAUUAAAAUAUGUAGAUGUAAAAGCAAAACAUGAACAAUUAAAGGGUGCAUUACAUAAUAUUUUAACUGGUAAAAGAUUUAGUAUUUUAAUGCGCCAGAAUUGGGAUAUGUUAAAUAAAAUGAUUCCAAAAUUAAUUAUGUGUCAAAGUACAACAAGAGAAAGUAUUACAAGUGUUCUUGAUGAUAUUCAAAGUUUUUUGACAGAUAAUUUUGAAACAUUUAAUAUUCGUUAUACGGUACCUGAUAGUAUAGUAAAAUAUGCAGAAAAUUUAUAUGUUAAAUAUGAUGGUUGUAUACAUUAUCCUAAACAUCCAAAACCUACAGAUGAUGAAAUAUCAAUGGCUAAAAUUCGAGAAGAAGAAAAUAAUUGUAAAAAAGAAAAACUUUAUUAUCAAUUAUGGGAUUCUUUAUGUAAUUUUGUAACAGAUUCUACUUUACAUUGGAGACAUCGUGAAGUUUCAUUUUCAACAAUGAGUCUUUUAUUAAGAAAAGAUAUGAAGGUACCAGAAAAAGCUGUACAUUUAUUAUUUAAACAAAUUAUAAGUGAUGAAGCUUAUUCACGUGAAGAAGCUUUAAAUUCAAUUCAAUCAUGGUUAUUUAUUACAUGGCCAAAGACAAAAGAUAAAGAAUAUAUCAUUGAAACUGAAAAUGGAAAAAAAUUAACAAUGGGAUAUAGAAAAGAUAAUGAAUUUUUGUUAGUUGCUGAUAAUAUAAAUAUGUAUACAACUGAGAAAUGGAAUAAUUCUAGAUGUUUUAAAUAUCUUAACAUUGGAUAUUAUGGUUGGCCUAAAAAUAAUUGUGCCUUUGCUCCACCACUUGAACAAUUAUAUCAUAAUAUGAAAUUUAAAGAUUUUUCUGAAAUUGAUCAAUCUGUUAUUACAACAUUACGUGAUCCAAAUUAUAUUAAAAAAUUUAUUGAAAUUUAUGUUCAUGAAGAAAAAAAAGGUGAUCGAAUAAGAGAAUCUGUUUAUACUCUUUUUAUUACAUUAUUUGCUAAAUAUAAUAUUCUAUUUUUUGAUGCAUGGAAAGUAGCUAUUGAAGAAUUAUUAGAAAAUAAAGAAAGUGGACAUCAAAGAUUAGCUGCUGAAUUUUUUAUUGGUCCAAUUGAUACAUGGAGUUUAUGGACAUUUGAAAAAGUAGAACAUGUUUGGAAAUGGAUGGAACCAUUAUUAUAUAAAACUAUUAUUAAUAUGAAUAGUGAAAAUCAAAUUCAUUGGUUUACAGCAAUUUCAAUUAUGUGUAAUAAAGGUGAUCCAAGAUUUAUUAAAUGUAUUAUUGAUUUAACAAUUAAAGCAGCAUCAAUUCCAUCAGAAACAAAUUUUCAUAAUAAUGCAAAAAUUGCUGCAACAUAUUAUGCAAUUUAUUCUUGUUCAUGGAAAGCUCCAUCACAAUGGAAUAAAUUAUCAAAAAUUUGUUUUGCUUAUCUAGAAAAUAGUUAUCAAAGUGUUAGAGAUAGAAUAACAGAUGUUUUUUCAACAACAGCUAGUUAUUCACUUGAAAGUAUGCCAAAGGAUCCAGAAGUUGAUAAACAAUUUGAAGCUCUUAAUCAUAAAGAAAUUUUAAAAAUGCUUUCAAAAGAAUGUUAUAGUCAAUUAGAAAAAAAUGUUUAUGUAAAUAUUCAUGGUUUACAACCUUUAAAUAAAUUAGCAAUUUCUCCAUCAUCAAGUAAUUGUCCAUCUAGAAAUGAAAGUUAUGGAAAUCUUCAAAUAAGUCCAGAAGAAAAAAGAGCUUUACAAUAUUUUAAAGUUUUAGUUGAUUUUGUUGCAACAACAGCACAUAAUAAUGAAUUAGGAUUAUCUAUAGAAAUUAUUAAUACAAUUCCAAUUUUGGCUCAUUAUGAGAAUGAUUGUGAUGAAGAUUUAGCUGAAAGUUGUCAUACUGCAUUACUUAUGAAUAUUGCUAGAGGAUAUGUAAAUGAAGAAACUUGUCUUCAUUUUUUAAGUGUUAUUAAAAAGUCAAUAGAAAGUUGUUUUCUAUGGAAAGCUAAGGUAUCAUUAUUUAAAGUUCUUCAAGUAAAUAUUUUUUCAAAUAUUUUUGUUUAUGCUAGACAUACAGAACAAGUUUAUGAAAUAAUAUUGCCACUUCUUUUAUCAGAUCGAAUAGAAAUUUGUAAUACAGCUGCUGAAUCACUUACAGGAUUUGUAAUGUGUGGAUAUCUUGAAGUAACAGAUAGACUAUUAAAAACAUUUUAUAGUUGGGCUUCAUCAACUAGUUCUCAACAACGACAUGCUGGAGUUUUAGCAUUAUCUUCAGUUGUUUUAGCAUACCCUUAUAAUGUACCUAAAAUUAUGCCAGAUAUAUUGAUGCAUCUUGCACGUAUGGUAGGAGAUGAACAACAUAUCAGUAGAACUGUUAAAAAAACAUUUUCUGAAUUUAAAAGAACGCAUUGGGAUAAUUGGGUAGAACAUAAACAAUGUUUUAGUGAAAAUCAACUUCUUGUUUUAAAUGACUUAUUGGUCAGUCCAACAUACUACGUUUAG